UGUCUUUUGUUUGCAAAGCUUCUUUUUUGCUGGGGUUACAUCCGAAUUGAUAACGAUCACAGCAUAGUUAAUCACAUUAGCAAGAACAGUGAUGUUUCCUACGUCAGCUGUAAAACGCCAACCUUCGCUGAUCUUUAUUCGGUAUGCUUCAGCAUGCAAAGCUAUUGUCCAGAAUUCUUUUGGCCCUAGCAGUGUACUAGAAGUAGUUGAUGAUUACAAAGUUGAGGAACCUAAAAAGAAAGAAGUCCUUGUCGAAGUUUAUGGCAGCUCAGUGAAUCCUUUGGAUUGUCAACAACGAGAAGGUUUUGGUAAAAGGUUUUUCGAAGUAACUACUGGACAAAAAGCGACUUUCCCUAUCUGCCCUGGCUGUGAAUUUUCCGGCAAAGUCCUGAAGGCUGGUCCCAAUUCUUCAUUCAAAGUUGGAGACAGAGUUUUCGGAGCUUCGUUAGCUGGAAGGAGCUGGGCAGAAAGAAUAUGCAUCAAUGAUGGAACUGUCGCACUUGCGCCCAAAACAAUCCCCCUUGAAGUUGCAGGCACGUUCCCCAAAGUUGCAAUUUCUGUUUCAGGUUUUCUGAAAGCUGCAAACCUUCAUUCAGACAACUGUCGGGAUAAACGAGUUUUUAUAAACGGUGGAUCAGGGGGUAUUGGCACUUUUACUAUUCAGUUGCUGAAGUCGUACGGUGCUAAGGAAAUAGCUGUCACUUGUGGUCCAGAUAAUGUCGAACUCUGCUCUGAGCUAGGUGCCCACACUGUUAUUAACUAUAAAAAGGAAGAUUUCAGAGAAGUGCUACGUGACUUUGAUGUUUACCUGGACUGCAUAAAUUCAAAUGACGAAGACAGGCGCAGUGGGUAUGGGGUUCUUCGAAAGGGAGGCCACUAUUUGACUCUUGUUUUUCCAUGGAUUGGCAAUACUGAUGAAUCAGGCUUGCUUUGGGGCACCCUUCGAGCUAUAUCUUGGCUUGCAAGGAUGAAAAGAGAUGCAUCAAAAAACUUUGGACUUAAGUUUGAU